GACACACUUUGACAGAUUAUCGCUGUUUUUAUCGUAUUUUCGAUCACUGGUUUUUAAAGGUCUAAAUUUAAAAAUUAAAGUUGUAACGUCUUCGUGUUUUAUUCCAUAUUUAAUUAUGAGAAAAGGCAUUUAAAAUGUCCUUCGAUGUAGUGAAAUCUAUAGAAUUCUUCCAACCGCCUUUUCAACAACUACCGCAAGAAGUUUUAGACGACGAUGCAUUUGAAGAUUUACCAAUACUAGGAGGUAUUUUGUCCGAUUUAAAACACGCAUGGCAAGCAAAAGGUUCGUGUUUAGAAAUCAGGAAUAUUCUAACAGGCCGAAAAAUAGGAUCAUGGAUAUUUGGUGGAAUAUUAAAAGAUUCAAAUACAAGAAUUGUUGCAGUCGAUGAAGUUAAAAGGUCUCAAGGACGGUUGUCCCUUUUAGUUGUUGGAUUAGAAUGUACUAUUAGUGGAGGUCUUAUUUGUAUUUUUGAUAUUUUCGGAUCAAAAGUUUUAAGAGUUAUCCAAGUAAAGAAACAGAUCACAAGUCUUCAUGUCAUUCAUUCAGAAGACCCAGUUUUAUCAGGACCAAGUCCAUUGAAAUAUUUUGAUGGUGUAAUUGCUAUUGGCACAUUGGGGGGAAAUGUAUUUUUAUUGGAUAUGUGCCAACAGAUAUGUGAAAAUGCUUUAUGUAAUGAUAAUAUUGCUACUAUAAGGGAUGAGUUAAAUCCUUGUCAGAUGACCAUUCUAAGACAUGAUAAAAUAGGAAGUAUAAAGAAAUAUGUAGAACAUGCUGUUGAAAAUGAUGACCAUUUAGCUGUACCUUUAAAUGUUGUAAUAAACCCGUCAACUGAACAUUUUACAUUGAAAGGAGAGAAGGGAGAAGAUAGAGUACAUGUUGACAGUAGUGAAGCUCAAGUAAGUUCACUAUUUUAUUCACCUCAACUGGCUUCACUCUUAAUUGGAUAUAAUUUUGGUGCUUUUCAAUUAUGGGAUUUGAGAACUUUGGAUCUUAUUUAUACUUCUCCUGUAUGCGAAGACCACAUUCCUGUGACACAUUUUACAGUUCAGGAACCUGCAGAUGAUCCAAAAGCCUAUUGUUAUAUAUGGGUUUCGUACAGCCAUGAUAUUCUGUUUCAUUCGGGGCUUCCAUUUGCAGUGAUGUAUUCAUUUUAUUACGAUACAAAGAAGUAUUUAAGUGAUUAUGGUUAUUUGUAUGAUGACUUUCAACAUUGUUCUAUAAGGUUUCAAUUAGAAUUAGGAGAAGCAGGAAUGCCAACUUAUAAGUCACGAAUCAAAGGUGGUAGUUGUAUGGGCAUUCAUUCGUUGACUAAGAAUCCUAUUAACAAAGAUCUGAAUUCUUUAUCUUUAUGCUUGAUAUCUUGGUUUGUGUGGAAUACUAAUAGAGAAAUUUGUACCUUUAUCUUACUAUUUGAUUUGAAUCAAUGGUACAAGGAGCAGAUGCCUAAUUCACCAAACUGGUUGGAAUGCUCAAACUACCUAAUAAAGCAAACUAUUGAAAGUAAAUUUCUUGAUAUAAGACUAGAUCCGAAAUCAUUAGAUCAGUUUAUUGGAGUUCAGAGAUUAGAGGAACAUUUUUGCCCAACAGCACUUACUUUUGAUUUGUGGUGUUUGUCUGAGAAUGAAGUAUCAAAGGUGCUUAAUAAAGGGCUACAAAAAUCUUUCAUAGAUGAUAUUCAAAAAGAAGGACCCUUAAUCUUACUUAAACCAGAUGAUAUUUUUGGGCAAGUAAUUUCUUUAGGACUCACGCCGUUAUUUUGUGAAAUGACUUCAAGUCUUUGUGAAGAUAUGGAAUACCAACGUGAAGUUUUACUAAGUGUAGCAUUGGAGCAAAGACUAAUAGGCUGGCUUUGCGAAUGCAGUUUUAAAUUGUCUACAAAUUCGUUUUCUUCUUCCGGUCUGAGCUUGUUCAAUUUGACAGAGUGGGCGUUUCAGCGAGCGCUGACACUCAAGAACGCCUGCGACAGUUACUGCAUCUCUCUGUUUGAUCAUUCCGGCUCUAAGCUCGAUAACAACAUAAUAGCGAUACUGAACAGCAGUGUCAGCCAGAUAAAGGAUCUUUGUACUUUGUACAAUCAUAUUAUUGUGAAUCUUAGGCGAUUUGUGUCAGAAACGGAACAUUUAGCGGCUGAACAGUAUUCUCUAAAAAAUGUAGUGAAUUAUUUCGAGGUGCUUCUGUGGAUGGUUAAUAUUGGUUUACUGCCCGAGUGCAAUCCCGAAAAAGUACAUUAUUUGGAUAAUAAUUACUGGAGCGCGCCAUAUUUAGCUGAGAGUUUAACAGAAUAUUAUAACAAGAAACGAGCGCAUUUACAGUUGGUUUCGCAUGAUACUUUUGUGGAAAAAGAUUGCCUUUUGUAUAUAGACAAUUUAAUUAAUAAUAGUGGAUCAACAGUUUUGAGACAGCAAUGGCAAGAAGAUGGGGGCGGUGGACUAUACCCCGCCCCCUCAUUGCAAUCAGUUUUAAGAACUUAUUUAUUAGAAGGGCCAGACAUUUUAUUUAAACACUCCUUGGUCACAUAUACCUUGUUAGAUAUUGCCACUACAGUGGAUGAGAAUAAUAAGAUUGUGAAAUUACUUUUAAAGUUUCCACAAAUUUUCGACUUAACUCAGAGCAAUAUUAAAAUUAUCCAAGCUUUUUGGCACUUAGAUCAUGACGAUUACGAAACAGCUUUAGAAUAUAUCUUAGAUCCUUGUGUGUUGGCUGAAGAUCUUCAUAAAUGGCACCAUUCUGUAAUGAUUAGGUCUCUUCUAAUGCAAGAACAAUUCAAUUUGGCUCUUGUAUAUUUGCAAAUUAGAAAACCUUCCAUUCAGGAUGAAAAGGAUCUCUUUACCGUUGUUAGUCUUCUUGUAUCAAAAAACAUGCUUGACGAAGCCUUCAAGUUUAGACAGCAACAUCAAAUCAUAAACGAACACGCCUUACUAAAGCACAUUUUCAGCGAGUGCAACAAAUCAGAAUUGCUUCAUUCGAUUUUGUAUAGAUGUCUCAAUAAUGAAGAGGAAAAAGCUUUCUUUAGAUAUCUUCAGAGUACAAAAAGUUCCAGAUGCGAAGAUCUUAAGGUGUUUUAUUUUAUACUGAGAUCUAGAUUUCUUGAAGCUUUUGAUAGUUAUUCGUCAACGAAAAGAACAAAGCCUGAAAACCAAGGUUUAAUAGGUCAGAAAGAUGCCUCCACAGCCGAUAAUGUUAUUAAAAUGUUUAAAACGCUUUUACCCGAUGUAAACAGGAAUUUAGUUGAACUGGUACGUAAAGAAAGAACAAAUCUAUGGAAAGAAGUGAGCAAACCUACACCUCUAUCCGUGUUUGUGCAUAAUACAAAUGACCAAGUGCAUUACAAGUCCAGUAUUAUUUUUGCAUCUCUGGCAAAGGCAAAGCAAACUUUUAACCAUUCUGUAGUAAAUAACGAUGUUAAAACAGAAGAAACACCAUUCUUGAGAACUCCUACGGUGUUUAAGAGCGUUUCUAAAAAGGAAACGCCUUUAGUUCAAUUUAGGGUGAUUGAACAAAACGAAGAUCAAGACGAAUACUGUCCCUCGCCUUGCAAAAAACUCAAAUUGUCUCCUAGGGCCUCUAAAAGGAGUCCUACAAAGUCAUUUUCAACUAGUUUUCAUUCAAAACUGAGUACUCCAAUAGUAAAAAGGAAGAAGUUUUCUAUUGAACCAAAAGAUUCAAGUAGUACAAGUUUCCCUCAAAGUAUAUUGAAAAAUAGUUCCAAAUCUGUGCUGGAUGAUUCUAUAUUCAAUGAAACGACUUCGACAAAUAUUUCAGCACAGAUACAGUGUGAAAAUUCAUUUAGGCGGUCAAAAUUAGCAUUGAUGCCUAGAGAAUCUAUAUCUAAGACUCCACAAAAAUCUCAUGUUAAGUUUGAAGACUUAAGAUAUUCAAGUUCUGCCAAUACAAGUACUAUCAGUAACACUACUUUAGCUUCCUCUGCAAAUUCAAGUAAAAGGCUUUCCGAUAACACUGCGAGUACUAAUGAUGAUGACAUAUUUUUGUCACCUGAAAAUAGUUUUGAAAUCAACAACGACAAAAGCUUUAAAAUCCCAGAACCUGUUCAAGAAAGAUCUAAGAAAUCGUUAACUCCAGUUAAGGAAAAGCUAAGUUUUGAUGAAGCAUCGCCACAUACAAGUCCUAAGCCUAAGAAAUCCGAUGACAGUGUUGAGAGUUAUCUAAAGUUAGCAGAAAAUGACCUGUCAUCUAACAGGUUUACUUUCCAAAGUCCACGGUCAAGAAGAAGUUAUAAAAGGUCAUUUAGUGGAAGUCCAGUACCGGUUCGUUCAAGCCCACGAUUAGCGAAAAAAUCCAACGUCUUAGAUCAGGAAGAUUCAGAUUCUGAAUCCAGUUUACCUGCGUCUCCAGUAAAAUCAUCAUUACCUGUUGCCUCAGAAAAAUUAAAAGGACGUCGUUCCCUGUCCAGAGCGGUUUUAGAAAAUAACGCUUUUUCUGCAUUACAAUCACUACAAGAUGAAAAUAAAUUUAAAGACAAAUCAUAUAUUUGUUCCACUUCAAGUCUGAAUGAUACAGACAUAGGCCACAGCUCAAAUGAUUUCACUUCAAGUCUGAAUGAUACAGACAUAGGCCACAGCUCAAAUGAUUCAAUUGACAUAUUUUUAGAAAAAUAUGGAUCGACUUUAAAUGCUGAUAAUUCAUUAAAUGAAAGUAGUAUUUUGACUAAAAAACACGGCGAAAUAAUUUCUAAAAUUACAGAAUCCAGAAGUAGUGAAAUUCGAAAGGAGACUACUAUUUCAAAUCUAACAAAAGAAAUAAUAUCGACUAAAGAAUUUAAACAAGAAGAAUAUUCUAAAAAAACUGAAGAAUUUAGUGAUGCAUCUCAUAAAUUAGAUUUUCUGGAGUCUAAUAAUAAGUCUCUUACAGAAAAAAAUUAUGAGGAAUUAGAUGUAGAAAUGGAAGAAGCUCAAGAUGACAAAACAGAAAUGUUACAGCAAGAUGAAGAUUUGCAUGAAAGGGAAAGUGUUGAACAAAAAGAAAUUACUAUAUACGAUGAUUUAUCAAGUGGUAGCGAAGAUGCUAGGGAAGCCAUUGAGAAAAUUAAAGCUAACACAAAUAAUAAAACUUAUACUGAUAUAUCUUUCUCAAAAAGUGAAAGUUUCCAAGUUGAUAGAGAGAAACAUAUAGAUAUCUCCGUAGCAUCUCAUGGAAAUGUAACUCCUGAAGCUGAUAAAGCAUUUGUGAAUUUCGACAAUGACGUGAUAGAAAUAGGUUCUAGUAGUGAAGAUGAAAAAUAUUCUGAUAGUGUGAAAAAUAUGUAUUCCUCCUCUAACAGCUCAAGUAGUUAUUCUUCCAGCGACAGUAGCAGGAAUUCUGUUGAUAAUAUCCUUGAAAAGUAUAUGAAUAAUGAAGGAGAAAAAGAAGAAGAAAUAUCCAAGGGUACUAGCAAUGAAGGCCAAAGCAGUGAUAAUGAUGAUAAUGUAUUUACUGAUGAAAAAUACUAUGUUAAUUCUGACGACAAUCAAGAAGAACAACUAGUUAGUUCGAAAGAAGAUGUGGAACAAGAUAUUAGAGAGGCUGAUGUAGCUGUCAAAAGUUUAGUGGAAGAAAAUGUCAGUGUAGUAUCUGACAAUGCAGAAAAAGAUGAUCUUCAUUCAAAUGUGCAUGUAACUGAAAAAUAUCAAACUAAUACAAAAUUACAUGAAGAUAGUAUUAAAGCUACUAAAGAGCAUACUAAAGCAAAUAGUGAUUGUGAAGAAAAUGAAAUGGAUACGUUAGUAUUACUAGAUGAUACAGUUGAAAAAACAAAUGUUGAUAAUAAUUGUGCAGAGCAUGACAUGGAAGAUAAAAGUAUAUCAGCUAUUUCUGAGAAAUUGCCAGCAGAAGAAGUGCUUGAAGAUCAAAAAAAUACUAUUGAUCAAAGUAUGCAAACUACUAUGGUAUACAAACUUAAUAAUGAACAAGAUUUAAAUGAAAUUAAAGAUGAUUCUCUAGAAGAGGAGGUAUUUGAUGAUCAAAAAAAUACUAAUAAUCAAAGUAUCCAAACUACUCUAGUAUGUAAAGUAGAUGAUGAACAACAUCCAGAGGGUGAAGAUUCAAAAGAAGGGAAUGAAGAAUUUGAAACUCAGAAUAAAAGCUUACAAUGCACCAUAGCAGUUAGAGAUAACAUGCAAAACGAAGAUGGAACACCUUUUGCGUUAAGGACUGUAAAAAAGACCUAUUCACUGAGAGAUAAAGGUUCAACAAAAAAUCUCCAAACGGAAGAAAGUACAGAGCAAGAUAUUCCAUCCACUGAUGGAACCCCUCUGGUAUUGAAAUCAGUUAAAAAAACAUAUUCAAGAGAUUCAAAUUUAGACGCAACACCUAAACUGGCAGUUAGUUUAAUCAAAAGAACAUAUUCCAAAAAAUCUUUAAUGGAUCAAGGUGAGGCUGCAGAAUUUGAAACCAAAGAUCAAAGUAAAAGUAGUCAUGAUGAAAGUGAAUUAGCUAAUCAAGAGAGGCCAGCUGUAACAAGUUCUGCCAGCGUCCUUACGGAAUUUCCUAGUAGCAGUACUGAAUAUAAAAAAUCAGAAAGUCAGGAAACAGGAGGAAAAUCAGUGGGUGACUCGACGGUUACUAGUUCGCAAAGUUCUUUACACUCUGAUUCAUCCCAAACUAGUUCUAGAAGAAUAACUAGAAGAAUGUCACAGCUUAAUGAAAGUCAGUUGGAUUCUACCAUUGGCGGCGACCUGGAAGAUAAAACUGUCAAGUCAGACAUAAUGGAAACUGCCGUUGACGUGUCCAAGGUUCCAGCUGAAACUGGCGAGAAUAAUGAGGCUGAAACUGAUAAAGCAGGUCCCUCAAAUGUUACAAAACCAUCUCAGUCCAAAAUCCGAUUAAGAAGAACCCCAAAACCUAAAGUUGGCAGUGCUUCUUUACCUAAGAACGUCGAAACAAGUUGUGAUAGUACCCCGAAUCCCAAAAAAAGAUCAAGAAGUGCCAGUGUAGAUCAGCCGCCAGUUUCAUCCAAUAGAAAGAGAAAAACUAGAAGUAAAAGUAUUGAUCUAGACGAGAUUGUUCAAGAAGAAAGCACAGCGCCCGGUCUCAAAGUAUUGCUAACUCCAAUACCUGAAAUUCCGGGUCCGUCCACUGAAAAUGAAGAAACCCAGGAAGAUAAGAAAUACAGAAAUAAAGCUUCUAGUGAUGUAGGUGCUUACACUACUUCAAGAAGACUGACAAGAAAGCAAGCCAGCAUGUUAAAAUCAAUUGGUACUGUGGAGAAACAUAUAGAAAAAUUACCUAAUUUGGAAGAAAUCGAUCCCAUAAUUUUAAUGGAUAAGCCUAAUUUUGAAGGUCAAGCUGACUUAUCAGAAGCUCAGGUAUAUGAACCCAGCGUUUCAUCAGUUGGUUCAGACCUUCCAAGACAUACGCGAUCAGCUUCUGUAGCGUCGGACAUUCAUGCACCAUCAACACCAAAGAAAAAGCCAAAAUCCCCGAAAAGCUCUUUAGAAUCGACUAUAACAAAUAUAAAAUCAAGAUUAAGGAGGCAGUCGACUGAUACAGCGUCUGUAGGAUCUGAACAGUCUGAUUCACCAAGCCCAUCAAAGAGAGGGAAGAAAACAGAAAAAGCAUCAAUGAAAGAUGAAGAACAAUCGAAAAAAGUAGCGGCAAAAAGAGGAAGGUCUAGAUCUAGUUCAGUGUCUUCAGUUAAAUCUCAUAGGUCUGAUAAAACUGACGGCUCAGCGAAGGGAAGGAGUAGAAGAAUUCAGUCUGCAAAAAGCGAAUUACCAGAAAUACAGGAAGAGAAAUCUUCGGUGGAGGAUGACUCCGAAAAGAAAAAGACAAGAAAAAGGAAACAUUAAAAAUUUGUUAAUAUAUAUGUUGUGAAAUUAUAAAUUUUUGAAUACUGUAAAGGGUUAAAACUAAUAUAAUUUUUUAGUGAUUAA